AUGGCUGACCUUUGUAAUAACUCGCGGUACCUUGAUCAUAAUGAUGAACCAGCAGUAUUAGCAUUAAAAGCUGCUAAAUCACCUGAGGGUACAACCACGAGUUCAGAUGAUGAAGAAAGUAAUAAUCAUCAUAGUCAAAGUAGUAGUAGUAGGACAGCUGUACUCCCAGCUACACUUUUGCGUGGUAAGGUACAUGCUGAUGAGGUUUUUCUCCGGAAUAUGGUGGGACUCUUGAAUAAACGUGGCUAUAACGUUCGUGAUUCUGCGCUUGAGACGUCCAUUGCAUCAUCAUGUGCCAGUUCUUCUUACUCAAGCAGCUUUACCAGUCAAUGCUCCAUCUCAUCUGCCUUGCUGGCUUUACGUGAACCUAAUCAUGGACAGACACCAUUUCACAUUGCUGUUCGUAAAGGCAAUUGGAGACAACCCACGUGUCUGGACGUUACUGAGAGGUUAUUGGAGGCUGGAGCGAAUGUCAACACCGAAAACAAACGCGGCCUUACGCCACUUGCUGUUCAUAUGCUCACGCUUCAUAUUGAUAACCCAACGCUGAUUGUAAAACUCCUGGAAGCUGGAGCUGAUCCAAAUACAGAAGCCGAGGGGGUCGCUAUACUGCAUCUCGCAAUACGACGCGACUCGCCGAUGAUUGCAGGCGUAUUGGUUGCUUUUGGAGCUUCCAUGCUGUCACUGAACAUGGAUGGUCUCAUGUGUUAUGAAGUUGCAUCUCCCCGUGUAAAGCAGUUUAUGGUACGCAGUAUCAAUAAAACACCGGCCUAUCUCCCAAUGACGCAGCGAAGGACUUGCAUGCGGUGCAAGUCGUCGUCGCUUGUAGGUCCUAAGAAAGCGUUCAGCAAUAUGAUGAAGAGAAUGCUAGGCAUGCGCAUGCGCACUCAUCAAAGCAAUUGCUAUCACUGUGGUAUGCUCUUUUGCUUGCAGUGUCUUAAGCCGUCGGGAGCUGUCAGUGCAAUUCCGUUCGUACGUGCCGAUGAGGACCCGAGUGAUAAGAUUAAAACGUGCCGUUUGUGUGAGGCGGUUCUGUUCGAGCGCAAGAGGAAACAGGCGUCACAACAUACGUUUGACAUGCAUCUUAUGGGCAUCCACACGUCAAUCUAG